CGGGGAGUGGGACGGCAGCUAGCCUGCCAGCUGCGAGGGGCAGCUUAAAAAGUAGAAAAAGGAACAAAGAAGUCAUGCCAAACACCUCAAAGUCUCGCUCAGGUUGAACAUUUUCACACUCGGGAGACGAGUCAACUUGGUCCGAGAAGCUGCAUCAUGUUGCACCCAGCAGUGACAGCGGGCCUCCUCUGCACCAUGUUGUGCACGUGGCUCCCGUGCAGCGCCCAAACCGAGUCCGGCGCUGCGUCCAUACAGCUGCGCCUGGCCGGGGUGAAGCAUAAAAAACACGAGGGGCGAGUGGAGGUCCUCUACAAAGGCCAGUGGGGCACCGUCUGUGACGACGACUUCUCCAUCUACGCGGCCCAGGUGGUGUGCCGGGAGCUGGGCUUCGUGGAUGCCGUGUCAUGGUCGCCCUCCUCCAAGUACGGCAGAGGAGAAGGUCCUAUUUGGCUGGACAAUUUGGACUGCAGUGGCAGAGAGAAGAGCCUCGCCCAGUGCAGGUCCAACGGCUUCGGAGUGACAGACUGCAAACAUUCAGAAGAUGUCGGGGUGGUGUGCAACCAGCAGCGCAUUCCGGGCUUCAAGUUCAUCCGGAACCAGGCCAACAGUGAGGAGGGUCUGCCGGUCCUUGUGGAGGAUGUGCGGAUCAGGGCCACAUACUCGCACAGGAAGAGGAUCCCUAUCACGGAGGGCUUUCUGGAAGUGAAAGACGCAGGCAAGUGGAGGCAGAUCUGCAAUGAGGACUGGACAGAAAUGAACAGCAGGGUCCUCUGUGGCAUGUACGGCUUCCCUGGGGAGAAGCGCUUCAAUAAUAAGCCUUACAAAUUACUGGCCAAGCGGCGAAAGAAGAACUUCUGGGGUUUCUCCGUCAACUGCACGGGUAACGAGGCCGACCUGUCUGACUGCAAACUGGGCAGGGAGAUCGAGCUGAAGGGCAACAGCACCUGUGCCAGGGGCAUGCCUGUAGUGCUCAGCUGUGUUCCUGGACGGACCUUUGCUCCCAGUCUCAGUACCGGCUUCCGGAAGGCGUACAGGCUGGAGCAACCCCUGGUACGACUAAAAGGAGGAGCCAUGAUCGGGGAGGGUCGAGUAGAGGUGCUGAGGAACGGCGAGUGGGGCACGGUGUGUGACGACAACUGGAACAUUCGAGCUGCCACCGUGGUGUGUCGGGAGCUGGGCUUCGGCAGCGCCAAGGAGGCAUUGACCGGCGGCAAAAUGGGUCAAGGCAUCGGGCCAGUCCACAUGAAUGAAGUGGACUGCUCUGGCUUUGAAAAGUCUCUGACUGAGUGCCACUUCAACCGUGACUCUCUGGGCUGCAGCCACGAGGAGGACGCUGCAGUCAAGUGUAACGUCCCCGCCAUGGGCUUCAAGGACAGGCUUCGCCUGGCUGGGGGCCGCAAUCCCUACGAGGGCCGCGUGGAGGUCCUGGCGGACAGGAACGGCUCCCUGGUGUGGGGAGCAGUGUGCAGUGACAGCUGGGGGACCAUGGAGGCCAUGGUGGUGUGCAGACAGCUGGGCUUGGGCUUUGCCAACCACGCCUACCAGGAAACCUGGUACUGGCAAGGAGACCCUGCAGCUGAGAACAUUGUGAUGAGCGGCGUGAGGUGUUCAGGGACCGAGCUGACUCUGGAUCAGUGCCUGCACCACGGGAAACACCUGGACUGUCCUAAAGGAGGAGGACGCUUCGCCGCCGGGGUCUCCUGUACUCUAACCGCCCCAGACCUGGUCCUGAAUGCCCAAGUGGUGGAGCAGACCACCUAUCUGGAGGACAGACCCAUGUACGCCCUGCAGUGUGCGCAGGAGGAGAAGUGUCUGUCCAGCAGCGCCGACAACGCCGAUCAGAACUCUUACCGCCGCCUGCUGCGCUUCUCCUCCCAGAUCCAAAACAACGGCCAGUCUGACUUCAGGCCCCGGGCCGGACAUCAGUCCUGGGUGUGGCACGAAUGCCACAGACAUUUCCACAGCAUGGAGGUGUUCACCCACUAUGACUUGGUGAAUGUCAACGGCACCAAGGUGGCAGAGGGACAUAAAGCCAGCUUCUGUCUGGAGGACACGUAUUGUGAUGAAGGCAUCCAGAAGCAGUACGAAUGUGCCAACUUCGGAGCGCAGGGCAUCACUGUGGGCUGCUCAGACACUUACAGACACGACAUCGACUGCCAGUGGAUCGACAUCACGGACGUUCCCCCCGGCGACUACAUGCUGCAGAUUGUGAUCAACCCCAACUACGAGGUGGCCGAGUCAGACCACACCAACAACAUCAUGAAGUGUCGCAGUCGCUACGACGGCAACCGCAUGUGGACUUACAACUGUCAGAUAGGCGGGUCACGCAGCUCAGAAACAGAAGAAACCUUUCCUGGACUGCUGACCAAUCAGCUUUCACACAGGUAGAGCCAGCAGUGACGGACAUGAGGGGAGCGUGGAGGAGGGUUUCCCAACCACUACAGAAGAGCCAGCGCUAAACUGCUAUAACAAACAUUUCUCACAAUAAUUUGGGACACAGAACAAUGGCGAUGUGAUCUAAUCUGAUCCGAGGGCGACGAGAUGCUGUGGAACGUGGCAGAGGGGCUAUGGAACAAAAAUUAUUAUGAAUAGUUUUGAGUUAAUGUGACCAUCUAUAAACCGCUUUUUUUUUUUAACUAUGUCGGUGUGGCUGAAGCUAGCGACGUGUGUUACAAGUCACUGUGAUGACAAUGCAUGCUGCUUCAUUCAUAACAAUGUCAGGGAGAAACCAUCAAGGUGCUCACGUCUUGCACAAAUGUUACUAUGCAGUAGAAACAUUGAAGAUGUUUACACAAUAUUUCCUCCAGCACACAUUGGAUUCACUUCCAAGGUCUCAAAUACAUUUCAUCUACCGUAUUUCCUUGAUUUGCCGCCGGGUAUAUAGUACGCACCUGCCUAGAAUUACUGCCCGGUUAAAUAAUUAGCGCAUGCUUAGUAUUACCGCCGGCUCAGGAUUAAUGCCGGGUCAAACUCGUUUCGCAAAUUAUUAUUUUUAUUAGCGCAUGUCUAGAAUUUCCCCUGGCUCAAACUACUUUUGCCAAAUAAUUAGCAUAUACCUAGAAUUUCCACCGGGUCAAACUCGUCACGUCACGAGUGACACUUCACCUGUCAUUAUUUUCAAAAUGGAGGAGGAUGAUUUCAAUCAUUUGAAAUUGCAUAAAGGGAAGAAGAUUAAGAGCUAUUCAGUAGGAUUUAAGGUCCAAGCUUUUAAAUAUGCUAAAAAGAACAGUAAGCAGCUAUGAUUUAUUAAUAUGCCGUAGCUGCGUGUGUCAAAUAUGAGUCAUUAAAUGACUCCCGCCUCCUGGUGGUAGAGGGCGCUAGUGAUCCUUCUUGCGACUACUCGGCUGCAGAAGAAGUGAUAACAAGCAGCAAGAGUUUAUUUUUUCCUCUCGCUUGCACUUUUAACAUGGAGGAUUACAUAUCUAAAAUAAGUUUUCUAAACUGGACUUUCAAAUAAAGCAGGAGGUAAUAAAGGAAGAUCUCCAUCGAGACAGAGAGACUUUUAAAACUGAAGAAAGAUAAGGAAGACUUCUAUAAACAAGUUAUAAAUGCUUUUGAUCAGAAGGAGCUGCGCAUGGACUUCAUUUAUAAGUAAAGGUAAGACCAUAAUAACGUUUUUUUUUUAUUAAAUGUGCUUUUCAUGAUGGUAUCCUUACAUCACACUCAAAUUUAUAAGCGCAGGCCUAAAUUUAUGGCAUGCCUUUGGUAAGUGCCGGUGUGAGAAGAGGUUUUAAAUCAAUUAGUGCCCCGGCGGCAAUUCAAGGAAAUACGGUAUACAGUACAAACAUUCAGAAGUUUACACAAUAUUUCCUCCAGCACACAUUGCAUUUACUUCCAAGGUCUCAAACACAAUUCAUCGAUUUCCUUUUCAAAUACUUGACCUUUUAUUUAUUGACCUUUUUCAUGUUGACUACGCUCGCCUUCCUAACCUGCAUUGAGCCCUCAGCUACUUGGUCGCCAUGUUGGAUUGUGUUAAAUUAUUGCUGUCAGAGUCCCUUCUGAUGCCUUUUUUGGUUGUUUUGUAAAUGACCGUUUCUAGGUGACCAAUUCCCUUCAUUUUCGAGGGAGUGGGUCACGUGUCGCCUCGUGUAGAUGUUCUUAUCAUGUGGAAUAAAGGUAGACGGUGAAAGCACA